AUGGAAAACUAACAUCCAUUCAUAGUACUUCUAUUAGGAGAUUGUAAUACUGGGAAAACUACAAUAGUUGAAAGAUAUUUAGAAAAUAAAUUAGUUGACCCAUAACCAACAGUUGGAGUAGUUAAAAGAGAUAGUUAAAUAGAUAUCUGUAAUAGUAAUUAGAAAGCAUAAGUAAUUUCUAGUCUAAUUAGAUAUAUGAUACAUCUGGGAAUGAAAAAUUUAGAGCUUAAGUUUUAGCUGAAUUCAAGAAUGCAAAAGCUGUUGUAUUGGUUUAUGAUAUUACUGAUUAUUAAAGUUUUUAAAAUGUAUAGACUUUACAGAAAGGUAAUAAUUAGAUUUAUUGUGAAUUAGAAGUAAUAAGAUAGAAUCCAAAUAUAGAUUUUUGGAUACUUGUAGGAAACAAGUUGGAUUUGAAAGAACAAAGAAAAGUUAAUAUUGAUGAAGGAAAGAAAUUUGCUUCAUAAAUUGGAGCUAGAUUUAUUGAAUGUUCAGCUUAACAACCAAGCAAUAUCAAUUUAAUAUUUUUAACUAUUUAAUAAUGGACUUAGAUUAAUAUUUAACCAAAAUAUGUCCCAGAAUAAACUUAAAGACUUUUAGAGAAAUUGAAUAAUGAUGAAUAAUAAAAAUAAUAAUUGUAGACUUCUAAUUCAAAAAAUAAUUAAACUAAAUUUAAAAAUAAGAAUACAAGUUUCUCAUUAAUUUAGAAUAAUACAAAUAAUAUAGUUUCAUAAUCAUUUGAUGAUCAAUAAAAUUCAUUUAAUGGUGAUAGUAUAUAAGAUUAUUUUGCAUAAUUAUUAAAAAAAACAGAUAUAUAAAAAGUAAAUUAAUGAUAUUAUUAAGUUAGCUGAUGUGAUUGUAGAAGAAGCAUAAGAUAAUGUAAUUUAAUCUUUGAGAUAAGAAACUCUAUUAAUAUCAAAUUCAAAACCAUUAUGUAUUCUUGAUGAAGUUAAUUCUCAAUUAUAAGAUAAAAUUGAAAAUAAAAUAUUGAUGAUGAAAAAGAAACAUAAAUAAUUAGAUAAAUUAAGAAAAGAAAUAGCAUAGAAUUUGUUACUUGUUUAAGAAUAAAGGAAAAAGCUAACAGCUGAUUAAGUUAUAGAAAAUACUCAAACUUAAAAAUUAGAAAGAGAAUUAUAAAAAAGAUUAUUGAGUGUUGAACGAAAUAUGGAUUUCUUAAAAACUGAUAUUUUAUUAUCUUAAAAAACUUAGAAGUUUAGUACUAAUAAUAAUAAUUUUUUAUCAAAUGAUUAAUCACUAAUUAUAAAAUAACAUAUUAGUUAAAUUCAUAAUCCAGAACAUAUUAAGGAAUAGAAUGAAUAAAUUGCUAAAAUUAAAAAUGAAAGAAAGAAAUUAGAAGAAUAAAGAAAUCAUAGAUAUAAAUAAUAUGUUGAUAAUUUAGAAGCUCUAUAAAAAUAAGAAAAAGAAAUUAGACUUAAAAAUGAAUAAGAUUUAAUUCAAAAGAGAAAAGAAAAAGCUAUGUAAAAAAUAGCUUCAAUGGAUAAAAUGCGAUAAGAACGAUCCUAAUAAAUGAUUAAAUAAAAUGAAUAAGUUAAAUAAAUUAUUGGAACUACACCAUUACAUGUUAAAUUAGAAAAUAUAUUCUAAGAAAAGAUUAACAAUACAUAAUUAGAAGAACACAAAUUAAAAUUGAAAUAAAUUAGAGAUCUACAUUAACCUAUUAGAAUGAAUGAUUUAAAAUAAUGGGAAGAAAAUUAUGAAAAAAGGAGAAAAUCAUAAGAAAAUAUUAGAAAUUAAAAAAUUAUAUAAAAUAAUCAAAUAACCUAUCAACCUUCUUAUGAAUCCUCUAUUUAUAAAUAAGUAAAAGAAGAAUAAUCUAAAUAAUUUAAGGAUAAAGAUUAAACUCACAAAGAUUAUUUAUUAAAUUAAUAAGCUAAAUAAGAAUUUUUAAAUAAACUUAAGGAUUAUCUUCCUUCUAUUAGUCCAGAAAAAUAAUAGGAAUUAGAAUAAAUUAUUAAUAAAGCACAUCACAAAAUCAAUUUUUAUGAAUUUAUAGAAAUGACAAAAAAAGUAAAAUUAAAAGGAGUAUUUUUUGAUAAAGAAGGAAAAAUUGUAGAAAGAAAUGUUGAUGUAAAAUUCUUAUGUACAUAAGAUAGGAAGAAUAUUAUGAGAAAAUAAAAGAAAAUGAAAGGAAUGAAGAACAAAGUGCUAAAGUAAUAGGAAAUAAGUAUCUAAAUGAUAUAAGAAAGAUUAUCAAAAAACCAAGUUAACAUGAAAGUGUUGAUAAACUAUAAAGCUAAUCAAAUCCAGAAUAAGGUUAUUAAUAAGCAGUUAGAAAUCCAAAAUAAAAUAAAUUGAAUGAAAUCAAAUCACAUUGGAAAUUAAAGCCAAAAUUAAUAUUUGAAGAAACAGAUCUUGAAAAAAUCAUAGAUGGUAAUGAAGGUAAUAAAUGUUAAAUAUUGAAGUGGCUGGAUUUUCAAAUCAUCAUGUUAUGCAGGAAGCAAAUAAAUUAGCAUCUGAAGCAGUCAGAAAAAUAUAAAUUAUAGAAGCAAAAGGAUAAGGCAAAGAAUGCUUUAAAGAUAUUGAUUCAGCAGAUAAGUUAUUAAUUAAUUCUAUCAAGGUAUUAUUUUUUAAAUAUUUAUUUAUAGGCUAAGCUCACUUUAAUGGAAAAAGAACUAAAAUCUGAAAAUAGAGGAAUAACUACUAACCAAAAGAGAGGAAGAAGUAAUACUAAAUAGCAUUCCUGA